AACUGGCACCUGGGGGCGCUCGGAGCCGGCAGUCUGUUCAUCGCCUGGCUGGUGCGCGGCUGGUGGUUCUGGAUCAUUUGCAUCGAGGUCGUCCUCGCGGUGGUUUUACUGCUGGCGCUCACGGUGGCAGUUGGCAUCGUGAAGCUGUGGAUCGACAGCGUCCACGCUCAGGUCGGCGAGAGGCUGAAGACGUGGCGCCUCGACAUGCGCAAGGAGAGGGAGCGCCUGAAGGAGAGGGUCCAAAACCUGGAGGAGGAGUGCGCCAGGCCGAAGCAGAAGGCCGGGGCAGCAGGACGCUAA